UAGUAGUAGUAUUAUUAGUAGUAGUAUCGAUCUGGUUCUUUCAUCAUGGUCACUUCAACACUCCGUCUGAAACACCAGACUUCCACAUGCUGCUCCAUCCUGGUCGCUAUGGUAAUCUCAUGAUACUAGUUAGUAGAUACUCACCAUGACUACAGAAAAUUGUCUGAGCAGCGCACAGAUCAACAAGAUUGACAAUGAAAAGUUGGUAAGACCUAAAGUGCAAUUACAAACCCUGUUAAAAGAUGCAGGGGCAGAUAAGGACGUUUUCACCAUGAAGGAGGUUAUGUUCUACCUGGGAAAGUACAUCAUGAGCAAGGAAUUGUACGACAAGCAGCAGCAGCACAUUGUGCACUGUGGAAACGACGCUCUCGGUGCUGUGCUCGGAGUGACCAGCUUCUCCGUCAAAGAACCACGAGCUUUGUUUGCAAUGAUUUCUAAAAAUCUCAUAGCAGUGAAAAUUCCAGAGUCUCAGUCAACAUUUAGAGAACGUAGAGCUCUAGGCGAAGCUGACCGAGGGCCAGAGGAGACAAACCCGUUAUCAUCUACUUCCACACCACAGCAGCAACAACAGCGCAGGAGACGACGGAGCAGCGAUCCUGCAAACGUCUCCGCAGAGGAGGAAUCCGGCGAACCACGGAAGAGGCACAAGUCAGACAGCAUCUCCCUGACGUUUGACGACAGUCUGUCAUGGUGUGUGAUCGGAGGCCUGCGCAGAGAGAGUGGGAGCAGCGAGUCUUCAGUAUCACACAGCAAUUCGGAUGUAAGUAGAUCUCUCGGUAGUGGGAGCGAGGAGAGUGACGAUUCGGACUCCGAUAACUUCAGUGUGGAGUUUGAAGUGGAGUCUAUAGAUUCAGAUGCCUACAGCGAGAACGACGAAGACUCCAUACCUGGAGAGGACGAGGUCUAUGAAGUUACAAUCAUUGCAGAGGAUGAGGAUUCAUUUGAUGAAGAUACAGAGAUCACUGAGGAGGACUACUGGAAAUGUGCUGAGUGUGAAGAGCUGAACCCUCCUCUCCCACGCCACUGCAAAAGCUGCUGGAAGGUUCGUCCAGGAUGGCUUCCGGAGAUUAGCUGUGCGUCUGAGAACCCUGGCAAUGACAUGCACGAUGACGUGCAAACCGUCACCGCCUGUGUCAACACAGACCUUGAAGCCAAAGCACCGUGCGCCGAAUCUCCUACUCAGACCAUCGAGCCGGACGAAGGUAUGGACGUCCCUGACGGCAAGAGCUUGCGUUCACAGAGCACCUCCUGCUCAGACUCACAGGGUUCGUCUGUCUGCUACUCACUACCAUCCACCUCCUCCAGCCAGGAGGAAACCCCCGAGCUGGAGCGCACCACCAGUUUGAGCAGCACAGAGUCAUGUCUGCCAACAUCCUGUCUGGAGCCCUGCGUCAUCUGCCAGAGCAGACCCAAGAACGGAUGCAUUGUCCACGGACGCACCGGACACCUCAUGGCCUGCUACACCUGUGCCAAGAAGCUUAAAAAGCGCAACAAGCUUUGCCCCGUGUGCCGGGAGCCCAUUCAGUCCGUCGUCCUUACUUACGUCAGCUGAGGGAGAAACUUACACGCACGCUGUUUAUUUACCUCACUGACCUUUUAAUGCUGCAGCAUUCUACGCUUCUCACUAGCAAGAGACAAAGCGGCUGUUCGUUCUCAUGCGUACUAGUACGUUCUAGUGUAAACACAGCUAGUAUAAUUAGUUUGCUUUGCUAAAGUGAUCUAAAUUUGUAGCUGGUGUGAAACAGAGGAACAGAGCAGAUGUUAAUCAAACAACAGGGAGCUUUAAAAGCUGGAUUUGUUUCCUGCUAGCGUGAAUGCUGGGUAACAGAUUAAACACACGAGGCGUUAAAACAACUAUUUCUUUGUUUACAAAUGAUCUAUUUAAAAGUUGAACCCGAAUUAUACAGAGGUGCAAUAUAAAUAGUCCUCUUAUGAUGCCUCAUAGGCAAAUUAAAGGAGCAGUGUUUAGGCGAGUAAUCAUAAGGGUGAGAGAGAAAAAAAUCCCUCUUGGCUCAAUCUGGUCAGCUGAUAUUAAAGCCGGUCAUCUGCGAGAAAUUAAAAUGUAUUAAAUCAGCAGAAAAACAUACUGCUGUACACCAUAUAACAUUUAUAUGAAGUUUAUUGUGUCCCUUGUUGCCAGGGCACUCGCUCUUUACUCUCCCACAGAUUUCUCGCACAUAAACCUGCUCUGGAUUUGCUCUCAAAUCUUCUGCGUUGUGUGUUUUUAUUUAAUUUUUAUGAUCAACGCCACGUUGAUUUAAAAAGUAGGUUUUUUCAAUAACAAAUUACAAACACAUUUAAUCUAUAUGUAAAUAGUAUAAUGUUCUCUCUCUUUUUUUUUUUUUUUUUAAAUCAAUAUCUAUUUAUAAACUAAAUAUAUAAAUUAUUUAUGUUCAUUUGAGUGAGGUGAGAAAUGUUCUUAUUUGGGGUGUUUGUUUAGAUUAAGUUUGUGAUGUAGUUUAAUGUUCCACAUAAACAGAGCUAUAUGAAGGCGUCAGUAACGGAGAGUUCACAUCAACAAGUUCACGGGUCAUGUUUGAUCUUACAGACUGGAUGUGGUUACUGACAUGUUUAUGUUUUAAUUUAUACUAGUUAAAUAUGGAGCAAUGUUGGGUGUGUUAUUUUGAACACUGGAAUGUUUUGAAGUGUUCUUAUUUUCACUAGGUUUGUGUGGAAUAAAUUUAGCUCUGUGCUGUCUGUUUAUUAAGUAAAGGUUUGGUCUCACAGUAGCUUUACGGAGAUUUUGAGUGGCUCAUGAGACGUGUGGACUCGUCCCUCAUGUGAUUAACAUCAGGAGGAAACCUGAAAAGGAACCAGGUUCAAAAAGGAACCCAUUUUGUUCUGGGUCACACAGAGCAUGUGAUUAUAAAGCAACGCUCUUCUACAGCUGUGUGUUAAGAGUUCAGCAGUGCUGUGGGUUUAGAACACAGAGUCUUAAUACAUACUUUAUGAUCCUGUUUCAAGACCUCACUCUCUUCUCUCUCUCUCUCUCUCUGAUGGAGUCUCUCUCUCUCUUCUCAUCUCUCUGAUGGAGGGCUUCUCUCUCUCUCUGAUGUAGUCUCUCUCUCUUCUCUAUCUGUUGGAGUGUUUCGGUCGGUCUCUUUCACUCUCUUCUCUCUGGAGUGUUUCUCCUCUCUCACUGAUGGUGUUUCUCUCUCUCUCUCUCUUCUCCUCUCUCUGAUGGAGUGUUUGUUGCUCUCUCUUAUCUUUCUGAUGGAGUGUAGUGAUGCAGUCAGUUCAGUUUUUUUUAUUACACCAAAGCUCUACGACAUGCAUAUACAUAUAUUUUUCUUUCCAACAACAGGUUCCUUCUUUUUUUAUCUAAAACUGAUGGAAAUAACAGAAGCAAAUUCUGUGUUCAUGUAAAUCUAAAAUAUAAAUAUCUGCCACAGGGAAGUUUCAUCAACUUGGACAGAAAAUGUGCAUCUUUAACUUAAUAACCGACGUGUUCCCAACAUCACUCACCAUUCUGUUCUGUCUUUUACUGUAUGUGUACUGUAUGUUUAGAAGCUACCAGUGUUCUGCAUAUUAUUUCUGCCAUUUUUAAAAAUGUGUUUGAGCA